AUAGUUCUCAAGUUGUAAUCUUAAUUAGGAGUUCUCCUUCGUUUUCUCCUAAUUAAGAACUACGAUCUGAAAGCAUUCUUAUUUAUCUCUUCAAAUCUACAUAUUCUUCUUUUCUUUUGAGUUGGCAAUGAGAUCUUUGCUCAUUCUAGUCCUUGCUCUAGCUUUCGCUGGGUUGUUGGCCGAUGCCGCGAUCAUCGAGCGAACGUUUCAUGUUGGAAAUCUAACGAUUAGACGGCUAUGCCAAACCCGAGUUAUCACAGCAGUAAACGGACGACUGCCGGGGCCAAAACUGGACGUGCAUGAGGGUGACACAGUGGUGGUUCAUGUCAUCAAUGACUCACCCUACGACAUGACAAUACACUGGCAUGGAGUAUUUCAGAGGCUAACGCCCUGGUCCGACGGGCCGAACAUGAUAACGCAGUGUCCGAUCCAACCCGGUAAUAGCUACACUUAUCGGUUCAACGUCACCGGACAGGAGGGCACGCUGUGGUGGCAUGCUCACGUCUCCUUUCUCCGAGCAACUGUGUAUGGUGCUCUCAUUAUCCGGCCGAGAGGCGGCGCUAAAUCCUAUCCCUUCCCGAAGCCCGAUAAGGAAGCUACUAUAUUAUUAGGGGAGUGGUGGAACGAUAACAUUGUUGACGUCGAUAACCGGGCAUUCCUGACCGGUCAGGGCCCCAGCAUUUCCGACGCAUUUACUAUCAAUGGAAAGCCCGGCGAUCUCUACAAUUGUUCGAAUGACGAAAUCUAUAAACUUCAAGUGGAGGCCGGAAAGACCUACAUGCUCCGGAUCAUCAACGCUGCGCUCAAUAACCAACUCUUCUUCAAAGUCGCCGGCCACUCCUUCACUGUCGUGGCAGUUGACGCCAGCUACACGAAUCCCUAUAAGACCGACGUCAUCGUGAUUGCGCCGGGCCAGACCGUCGACGCCCUCAUGGCCGCCGAAGCACCCCCGGCGAAAUACUACAUGGCCUCCCGACAGUACAACAGCAUAAGCUUUCCGCCCCCACCUUUUGACAACACGACCACCAGAGGCGUCGUCGAAUACGCUUCUGCCCCGGCAUCGUCCCGACCGACGAUGCCCCUCAUGCCGCCCUUCAACGACACUGCGACCGCCCACCGGUUCUACUCCAACCUAACCAGUCUACUCAGACCGGGCCGGCCCACCGUACCCUUGCACGUCGACACCAGCAUGUUCGUCACCUUUGGCCUCGGCCGCACCACGUGUCAACCGGGUCAACUGCUCUGCAACAGAACACAGGGUGCAGUAGCGGCGAGCAUGAAUAACGUAUCAUUCGCGUUUCCGACCGAGAUGUCGUUGCUCGAGGCGCACUUUAACAACGUGAAGGGCAUUUACACAAGGGACUUCCCCGACAAGCCGCCCGUGUUCUUCGACUUCACGAAUCCCGCAGUAAACUCCGACAAUGCUUUGGCGCCGCUUCUGUUCACUCAGAAGGGGACGAAGGCGAAGAAGUUGAAGUAUAAUUCUACCGUGGAGAUGGUGUUGCAGAACACAGCGAUACUGGCUGCGGAGAGCCACCCAAUGCAUCUUCAUGGGUACGACUUCUACGUGCUAGCGCAGGGGUUCGGAAAUUACGAUAACGCCAAGGCGAGGGAGUGUUUCAACCUCGUAGACCCUCAGAAGAGGAACACGAUCGCCGUACCGACCGGUGGAUGGGCAGUCAUUCGGUUCACCGCAGAUAAUCCAGGCGUUUGGAUCAUGCACUGUCACCUGGACCCGCACUUGACAAUCGGGUUGGCGAUGGUGUUCGAGGUGGAGAACGGGCCGACUCCCGACGCGACUAUUCCGCCGCCGCUUUUCGGUCAGCCUUUAGGCCUUGGGCUGGGGAUGAUCGUGGACUUUGCGGUUGAAUUUCGAGAGAGAGGUCCAUCCUCUCGACACCGCCUGCAGCUUUGUUUAUCUCCUCCGCCGCCGCCGCCGCCGCCGCCGCCGCCGCCAGAUUUCGUGUGGCAGUAG